AUGGUGGAAGAUGAUUCAAGCAUUGUUUUAAACACAAAACAGACUGUUUUAGCAGCAGAAACAUCGGAUUCCGGCAACAGCGGUUACAAAUUCCGGCCCGGAAAACGUUCCCGGUACGACCAGAUUGGUUCCUUACCAAAGUUCAAAGGUGUUGUCCCACAACAAAAUGGUCAUUGGGGUGCACAAAUAUACGCCAACCAUCAACGUAUAUGGCUCGGUACAUUCAAGUCUGAAAACGAAGCUGCCAUGGCAUACGACAGCGCCGCCGUUAAACUCCGAAGCGGCGAUUCUCACCGGAAUUUCCCUUGGACCGAACAAAACAUCCAAGAAUCUGAUUUUCAAAGCCUUUAUUCAACUGAAGAUGUUCUUAAUAUGAUCAGAGAUGGUUCAUAUCAAGCCAAAUUUGAAGAUUUCGUCAAAAUUUUAUCAAAAAGAGAUGGGAAAUUAAAUACAGGCAGCAACGUAAACAAGAAACUUGUUCAUGGUGAUAAACAAUUUUCAUGCAUGCAAUUGUUUCAAAAAGAAUUAACACCUAGUGAUGUAGGUAAGCUUAAUAGGUUAGUAAUCCCAAAAAAAUACGCCGUUAAAUACUUCCCUCACAUCUGUGGAACCGACCGACAAGUUUCCGCCGCUGGUGGUGGCGGCGUUGAAGACAUUGAGCUUGUUUUUUACGACAAGUUAAUGGUGACAUGGAAGUUUCGUUACUGUUACUGGAAGAGUAGUCAAAGCUUUGUUUUUACAAGGGGAUGGAGCAGGUUUGUGAAAGAGAAGAAGCUUAAUGAAAAUGAUACUGUUACUUUUUAUUCAUGUGAAUGCUCCGGUGAGGAUCAAAAUGGGAAGAGUUUUUUUCUUAUUGAUGUGAAUUAUAAUGGUGAAAAUGGGUUGGGAUCGUCAGCGGCGGCGGUGGAGGAGGAGGACCGUCGUGAUGAUGAUUUGGCGGUGGAGUUAGAGUUGAAUUUGGGGUCGACGAUCAAGGGUUAUUGUAAUAAAGUUAUUGAAGGACUUGAAAAUGGUGGACGUAAUGUAAAGCAGAAAAGUGUUACCCUUUUUGGAGUACAAAUUAAUUGA